ACUCGAGCCGAAGCCAGCAGUAAACGCAUCGGCCGCGCCUACCGGACGCCACUUGCCCACCCCCCUCGUGCCGAGGCGCUGCCCUUUCUCUCUUUCACCCCCGUCUCUUUCGCCCCGCACCUUGUCGGAGACCGACGCUCCCCUUCCUCCCCCCUCCCGCUCGCCCACGAGUUCCGCUCCGCGUCGCCUCCACUCCUCCUCCGCCUCGUCACUCUCCUCGGCAGUCCUCUUCCGUGCGGAGGCGGCAACCUGUGACGCCACCCCCCCAACGUCGGCGCCACCUGCUCCCACUGGAAAAGUAGCCGUUGCGGCGUCGCAUUUAUAGCGACCGGCAUGAGGGCCGCGCCUCGGCGGUGAGGAGGCGGGGUUUGGUGGCUGGGUGAAGAUGCCGCUGGUGCGGUUCGAGGUGCGGAAUGAGGUGGGGCUGGGGGACCCCGGGCUGUACGGCGGCGGCGGGGGAGCUGGGAAGAGAGGCGGCGGGGAGGCGGAGCCCAAGGUGCUGCUCGAGGGCGUCGCCGUCGCGGGGCUCGUCGGGAUCCUGCGCCAGCUCGGAGAUCUCGCGGAAUUCGCGGCAGAUGUUUUCCACGACCUACAUGAGCAAGUUAUAACUACGUCUGCUAGGGGCCGUAAGGUGCUCACUCGAGUACAGAACAUUGAAGCAGCACUUCCAUCUCUUGAAAAAGCUGUGAAGAAUCAGAAGAGCCAUAUACAUUUUGCUUACGUGCCAGGCUCUGACUGGCACACACAACUUCAAAAUGAGCAAAAUCACCUGCUAUCCACCGAUCUGCCUCGGUUUAUGAUGGAUUCGUAUGAAGAAUGUCGAGACCCACCACGACUAUACCUUCUCGAUAAAUUUGAUAAUUCUGGUGCUGGGGCUUGUUUGAAGAGAUAUUCUGAUCCAUCCUACUUCAAGAAAUCAUGGGAUAUGAUGAGAGCAGACAAGAUUGGAAAUCUUCAAAAAGAAAGGAGAUCUCAUAAAAUCAAGACAAAAGGAUCACGCCUGAAAGAACCAUAUCAUGGACAAGCCACAUCCAGGCAUAGGAAUGGUGAAUUGCAGCGAGCACUCACUGCUGUUCAACUUACCAGCAGCAGGCAGUGUGCAUCUCCUAGCACCGAUGGCCGGAGCUUUUCAGAGCAUAGAUCUACAUCUGAUGCAAGAUCUAACCCUGACAAUAUAAGCAGAUCUUCUUCGUUUAGUUCGAAGCCACGGCUGAGUUUUGCAGAACAAGCUUCAGACACAAAGCCUUUUGUAGUUCCUCAUGACAAUGAUCAUGACAAAUUGUCAAAUAUUAAUUUGCACAAGCUUGAUGAUGCAUCUUCACCCAUCCUUCUUGAUGGAACCAGGGCAGAUUACCCGGCUGAUGGUUCAAAGCAAGGUUACCUGCCAGAUGAGAUGGUUGCUAGGUCACCUUCUGUAGAAUGGGAUGAAAAGGCUGCAAUUGUCAUGACUACAAGUUCUGUCUACUGUGACGAUGUUGUCAUGGAUAGAGCUGGUAAUGCAGAAACCAAACAUAUUAGCCCUAUGCCACGAGAAGUUGAUCAUAGGGAAACAGAGACUUUGGAGCAGCAAGAGACCUUACUUCAAAAAGCAAAAUUGUUAUUACUGUCAUCAGGCUUGAAUCACCACGAUGAAGUCCCCAGUGAAACAGACAACUACAUGGAUGCACUUAACUCACUUGAAUCUGAGGCAGAGACUGACGUUGAAUUUCAGACUAAAAAUCAUGGGAAGCCAGUACCUUCCUUCAAUGGUCGUGCACCUCAAAUGAAGCCAGCAGAUAAUAUUGUUUCACAGCUUCCUGAUUCUUCUGUUGCUGAAUUUCCUGAUACAUGUCGAAAUUCCAAUACGUCACAUACUUGUAAUCGAACUGCUGAUUUUCCCAGUUUGUCAAGUGCAGAUGCUCCUGAUACUUCACAGCAUGCAGUGUCAGGUUUUACAGAUAUACAUCCCAAUGAAUGGUCAUCUGUUGUCACUAUCCCUGAGAAUAAUGCAGAUGUUGCUCUUCGAGACCUUCGUGAGAUUUCAAAACCGGCAUUGUGGGCCAAUACAACUACACCUAGCAAUCAGAGGUCCCCUGAUGCAAUUGAAAUUCCUGAGAGUAAGGCAGAAGAUGCCCCCAGAGAUUCUCCUGACAUGUCAGAACCAGGACUGUCAACCUAUGCAGUAAAUCCCCCAGUUAAAGUUUCUGUUGUCAAUCAAAUCCCUGAGAGUAAUGCAGAAGAUGCUUCCGGAGAUAGUAUGGAUAAAGGCACCAGUUGUCCCGUACCCCAACCCACCAUUUCCUUCAUUCCAACUUGUGAGACACCUUGUGUUAAAAUCUCACCUGAUGAUACCACUGCUGACGCUUCUGUUAUUUCAGAAAUGAAGCCCCAUGAUUAUCCUGGAGAGAAUCAUGAGGAAUUUGGUGGUUGUGGUGUGGCUGAAGUGUCUAAUUCACCGACCGUGUCUCUGAAUGAGUCACCAGAGAAUGGAUGUGCAACCGAUUACCUAGCAACAAAUGCUCCUACUAGUUCUGUUGGAGUGCCUUCUGUUAAGCUCUGGACAAAUGCUGGGCUCUUUGGACUUGAACCAUCUAAGCCUCCAGUAUUUAGUGGCCAAGAGUGUCCAAGAGAUCACACUCUAUCUGGUUAUGAAGAACAUCAGCGUUAUCAUUCAACUAAUGACACCGAACUGCACUGUUCAAAGCAUACUGAAUCAGUAAUAGUCGAUGUCCCCAAUGGAAAUGCAUCAAUUACCAGCAGCUUUGUGGGGAAGCUUGUUGGCAUAUGUCCUGGUUCUUCAAGCCAAAACAACUCGGAGGCUAAUCAGUCAGCUAUGAGGACACCUGAUACAGUUUAUAGUCAAACAGAUCGGCCUUCAGACUGUUCCACAUCUUUUGAGCACAGUCAGCACAAAAAUAUGAACGGCAAGCAAACUUCAAUAAGCGAGCUCCUAGAAUCUGAAGAUAAUGCUGGAGAUGGUUCCGCAACAUACUCUGUGUCUGGCAUGGCUGGAAGAAAUGACAUGCAUGUGGUGUCUGCAUCAAGCUUUUCAAGCAUUGCACAAAGAUUCCUUGCUAAUACACUUCAGAGAAGAACUUCUCCCAAAUAUAAUGAUCUUCCUAUGUCAUCUGGGAGAGUGAACACUAAUGCAAAUGGAAAUGAUGAAGCUGCCAUAAAUUCCAAUCUAGCACCAAAAGAAACAGCGUAUGAGUCAUCUCAAUUGGAGAAGAAAACCGCUAAUGGCAUGGAUGGAUUGUCUAAAUCGCCAAUCUUCUCUAAUUGCCAUUACUCUGAGAAAUCAUCUCCACCACUUGAGCAUAUGAAAAUAUCUUUUCACCCUAUGAGUGCAUUUGAAAUGUCAAAAUUGAAUCUAGAUUUCGCUGAUGGCAAUCUUCAUGAAAAUGUUGAUGAUCUGAUGUUACCGACAUUUCAGUUACUUCCCGGGUCAUCUGUUCCACAGCCCGGUAGUGGUUCUGAAUCAGAAGAUGACACAUUCGGUAGAUCUUAUAGUUACUCUUCCUAUGAUGAUCUAAGUCCACAUUUAUAUUCGAACUCUGAGUUGUGGGAUCAAGAUGAUGGAAUUGGAUUGGAGGAUCAUGAGCUGUAUAAUGAUUCAAAUCAGAUUGGAUCCUCCACAACACCUAUCUCUAGCUAUACGGGAUUUGAGCAAAUGACCUUGUCUGGUGAGAAGUCCACUAUUUCACUUGCAGAUAUUGGGGAUCAUGGACUCGCCACAUUAGAACCCCAUCCUGCUGGAGAACUUCCUAACUUUGACACUUUGAUGUCCACAAACAAUCGUCACAAUGGAGAUGCUCCCAUUCAACAUAAUCCUGUAAAUUUAUUGCCGGAUGAAGAUCAGAUGCCGCCACCACCUCCUCUUCCCCCAAUGCAGUGGAGGACAAUGAGACAAACAGCUUCUCUAGAAGAUGUAAGAGGUGCUACAGCUGAAAAUAUGCUUAAGGACGCCUCGAGUCUACCACCUCUACACAGUCCUGUGCAGCAAGAACAUCUUCCGCCCAUUGCGCUACCGGAUCCAGAAGCACAUACUAAGGAAGUGAGCCAUCAGAAAGUUGACGCGGUAAAAGAAAUGAGCAGUCUUCCAAAUAUCUUUGAGAUCAAAUCAAGCUUGCUUCAGCAAAUCAGGGAUAAGGCAGAUCAGCAGAAGCUGAAUGGUCAUGAAAGGCCAAAAGCAGUAGUUAGUGAUGUUAAUGGUUUGGAUGAAAGGGGGGACUUGCUUCAGCAAAUCAGGAGCAAGACAUUCAAUUUAAGACGAACAAAUGCAUCUAAAACAAACACCACAUCCCAGUCCACUGCCCAGUCGAAUGUAGUAGCGAUUUUGGAGAAGGCGAACGCAAUCCGCCAGGCUGUGGCCAGUGAUGAGGGAGGUGAUGACGAUAACUGGAGUGAUGUAUGAGCACUCAACUGAGAAUGCAUGACAAACAUUUUCUGUAUAUGCAGCUAGUACAAGAUGAAGUGCAAAAAUGUGAAUAACACUCUUUUUUUCUUCAUUGUAAUUAGAUUUUGCAGGUCUGUUUUUGUACCUCUUUUAGCUCAUGUUAGUGUAUUCUAUCUUAGGUCCCUGUGGUCGUGAAAAUGUUUAAUCAUUUUCACAUUAUGUAAAUUUAUCUUAUUAUUUAUUAAUGGUAGAGGUGAACUGAUAAAAUAAGUAUGUUGAGUUAUCUUUUCUAGCAUUGUAUUAAAGAUCAUCUCCUCGCAUUGAUAAUAAGAUGGGAGGGCAUAUUACUUUUUUCU